CGAGCGAGCCAUGUCAGAGUUCCAGAUUUCGGUGGAAGAGCUCAACGACCUGCUGGCCAACGGCAGCGGCUGCUACAGCCUCCCCAGCGCGCACAGCAACGAGGUGGCGCCCCGCAUCCACGUGGGCAACGCGUUUAUAGCCAAAAAUGUCAUGCGGCUGCAGCGCCUGGGUAUCACCCACAUCCUGAACGCAGCAGAGGGCAAGUCCUUUAUGCAUGUGAACACAAAUGCUGAAUUCUACGAAGGAACUGGCAUCACGUACCAUGGCAUCAAGGCCAAUGACACUCAGGAGUUCAACCUUAGCCGCUACUUUGAGGAAGCUGCAGACUUCAUUGAAAAGGCACUAGCACAUAAAGAUGGCCGGGUCUUUGUCCACUGUCGUGAAGGCUACAGCCGCUCCCCAACACUGGUCAUCGCUUACCUCAUGCUCCGGCAGAACAUGGAUGUCAAGUCCGCCGUCAGUGCCGUCCGGCAGAAGCGGGAGAUUGGUCCCAAUGAUGGCUUCCUGAGACAGCUCUGUCAGCUCAAUGAGAGAUUAGUGAAGGAAGGGAAGCUGAAGAAACCGUAGCAGGGUCCCGGCUCUGUUCCUACUCUGCACACCCUCCGUAGAACUCUUCUGUUAGUAUUUUUUCAGUUGACAGCUCCAACUGCCAGGCUGCCGAGGAGGCAGGAGAAACCAUCCUGUUUCAUCCACUUUGCGCUAGGAAGGGGCUGGCAAUUUUUUUAAAAUUUUAAAUAGACACCCAGAGAGUUCUUGCAAUAUUGAGACACCCUUAAUGGUGGACUCCCACCUCCUCCUGCCAGGCUUUGGCUUGUCUCCUGUCUUAUUUUAGAGCCUGCCCAAUAUAUUGUGUGUGUAUGUGUGUGUGUGUGUGUGUGUGUGUGUGUGUGUGUGUGUGUGUGUGUGUUUUGUUUGUUUGGAUGCACUUUGCAACACAAUUCUGAAUGUUUCUCUUUUCUUUAAAACCCUUCCACUUAGUUUCACUUUGCCUGGUCUCCUCUAGCACAGCUCGUCCUCAUUUUCACCCUGUCAUUUGCUAUGUCCUGAGAACCCUUCAGGCUGGCUCCUUCUUCUCCCUUUGAGGUUUGAAAUGAGGACUUUGUUUGUUUACAUGUUCAGAGCCAAGGGCUGCCCCGCUAUCUGGCUACCAAUAUGUGCCAAAUAUGAUGGCUUAGGAGAGGUUUUCAGAUAGUCCCAUCACAUAGUCCCAUAUGAUCCAUGCCUAAUUUCAAUCAUGAGUUCUUGGCUGCUCCUAGUUGUCAAGAGGCAGUAGAAGUGUUGCGCUUCUGAAGUGUAGAUAUCAGACAAGCAAGUCAAUUGGAUUUGGGCUUCUGACUCCUAUUCUAGUGGCAGGUCACUUGUGGAUAGGAUUAGGAGCCGCGGUGGCGCAAUGGGUUAAAAUCUUAUGCUGACUGGACUGUUGGCCUAAAGGUUGGGUUGCUGAGCUGAAGGUUGCCAGUUCGAAUCCGCGAGAUGGGUGAGCUCCCGUCUGUCAGCUCUAGCUUGCAGGGACAUGAGAGAAGCCUCCCAGCAGGAUGAUAACACAUCCGGGCAUCCCCUGGACGUCUCAGCAGACGGCCAAUUCUCUCACACCAGAAGCGACUUCCAGUAAGUUCUCAAGUCACUUCUGACACGAAUAAAAAAAAACUUAUGGAUAAAACUCCACAAAUCCAGGCUCUUGAGAGAUUUUCAAAGCAGAUAGUCCCAGCCAAUUGAGGCUGAUUUGAUGCACCCCUUCUCUCCUUCAGUGUGUGUGUCACUAUUUUGUGGAAUCAUGAUUUUGAGUUGGAAGGUAUUUGGAGGUUGCCUACUCCAAUCCCCUGCUCCUUGGAGGUAUAUGCUGAUAGAUGGACUUGUAGCCUAUGACUAUAUUAUUUUACUGAAGGAUAGCCCAGUACCUCCAAAGUAUCUUCCACAAACAAAUGGCUCUUACAAUAAGGACAUUCAUACUAAUGUUUUGUCAGAUUCCCUUUCUCUGCAGAUUCCAUUCAUUAGUUCUAACCUUGUCUCUGAGCAAUAGAAAAUUCCAUCCACUCCAUUCUCCCCUCAAUAGCUCCUCAGAUGCUAUCAAUCAGGGGCCAAAUGAGAACUUGGUCAUCAAACUCAAUAACACAAAUAUCAAAGUUGAAUCCUGUUCCCAAAACAAAUCCAAUAAGAUUUUACUAAAGUAUACCUCUCUGCCCUUGUUUUUAAUCUUGUAGCCCUGUUGGUGAUGUUCUCAUUCUUAAGGCAUUUAUUCUGUAUGUGUUUUCCUUCAUGGGAACCAAAGCUGCUGUUGAGAGAGCAGAGCAUUGAAUCUGAGGAGGGGCAUGACCUUUCCAGAGCUUCCGAUUUAACUCCUUCCACUUGUCCAUUUUUAAAAAAACAUUACUAUUGCCUUUUCACAUUGCUCCUUUCUCAUUGCUCCUGCUUGAAGCUUGGCACCUCAGAGCAUCACAAGAUGGGGCAUUAUUGUUGCUUCAGUACACGAAAAUCACGCUCACUUGUAACCAUGUAAUCUUUCUGUAUAGCUCUGUGUCUCAUAGAAAUCUGUGGAUAUAUAAAAUAUAUAGUAAUCUGGUAUAUAUUUAUAUAUAGAUAUAUAUGCACACAAGCAAUGAUAAAGCCAUUUGAAAAUGUGCCAUUAAUGCAAAUAACCUUUUGUAUAUAUUGUUGAUAACGAACGUGUUCAUGCUUGGGGUCUCAGAAGCAAUUCUUAAGGCCAAUGUAGUAGAGACAGAGUGCAGCCAACUAGAAAGUGUUGCUGUCUUGGUAAAACAAAGUCCUUAGACUUUGCUUCUGGCUCCAUGUGGUGCGAUUGGACAGUAUUUACCCGAAUUCAAGAUGUCAGCUUCUGCUUACCUGUUGACACUUAAUAAUAAGAGGUGUUAACUAUCUGCUUCUUCUGGUCUAGUCUUUGUUAAUAAUGAUAAUAAUUUAAAAAUUAGGCAAAAGAAGCCGUUGUAUAAUUUAUUUUGGUAACAUAAAAUACAGGGAUGUUGAACAGGAGUUAAGUUGUGGAUGAAUGCGUAAGCCAUUCUUCGUUUGAGUAAAUUCAUUUCCACCCCUUAUUUGCUCCAUGGUACAGUUGAGCAGCAAUGCCUCAAAAGAGAUGUACAUUUCUGAGAAUUUUUUUUCUUAACUCCAGAAAAAAAAGGGAAACUAUUGGAGAGUAUUCUCCAAACAGUUUUGGUGAAUAUAUAUUAUUUGUAUAUAUAUAUUAAUGCACAAUCAUAUAUAUUAAUAUAUGUGUAUAUAUUAAUACACCAGUCUUAAUUUUUGCAACUCCAGUAAUGUGGGUUUCUGUUGUGCCCAUUCUGCAGAAGAUGAACUGAAACUAAUAGCUAUUGCAUUAGCUCAGUGGUAGAUGUAUUCUGCUAACAUAUGAAAUAAUGGGAUGUCUGUGAAUGUAUUGGCUGAAGCAAAUAUUUAAAUGGUUGAUAACAGUUCACAAGGAGUAAUGCUAAAAAUAGCAAACUAUAUAAUAUUUUUCUUUAAAAAGUUAAACCCAUAAUACUUUAUUUGUUGCCCUGUAUUGCGUGUGAAUAUUCUCUGGGAAUGUGUGGAGUAGCAUUCCACUUCUUUCAAGCCUGAUUUCUGGGCUGUAUGACUAUAUGCCUAAGCCUUUGUGUUUGAGUGCACAAUUUCCUGGUACACUUUUUAAAUAAGAAAAUGACCACUGCCAACCCCUUGCCACUUCCACUGCCUUGUUUCUUGCUAUCUUUUUAGUAAAAGGCCAGAUAUCUCCCCACAUCCCGAAGAAGAGAGUUUAGAUUGGCAGAUAUGGAGGGUAUGUGGCAACUCUGAGCUAAAAAGAUCUUGGUUAGCCAAGACUGUGGGGAACUACUGCCAGUUGGACUAGAAUGCUCUGAGCAGUGGCCAGACUUGCAGUAACGCUAACCAGACUUGAUGUAAAGCCAGCUUGAUGCAUUCCUAAUGGAAAUUUGGUCUUGGUGUCUCUUAAAAUUCUGCCCAUAAAUCUCUUUCCUCAACAGAGAAAUGUUAUCCUUAUACACAUUCUGUUUAGGAGUAUGUCAUUUUAUCAAUGUGGGCCUUAAUGUGUUGAGAAAGUGUUGAUUGUACUUUUCCUGCAUGUUGUUGGACUAGAUGGCCCAUGUGGUCUCUUCCCACUCUAUGAUUCUAGGAAAGGCUCUGAGAAAACAGUGGUGUAUGUGGAGGUUGAGUAUCCCUUAUCCCAGUGAUUCUCAACCUGUGAGUCCCCGGGUGUUUUGGCCUACAUCUCCCAGUUUACCAGCUGUUAGGAUUUCUGGGAGCUGAAGGCCAAAACAUCUGGGGACCCACAGGUUAAGAACCACUGCCUUAUUCAGAAAUUUUGAAUGCAGAUUACUGAGAUAGUAACAACUCUGCUUUUGAAUGGUUCAAACGUAUUAGCUUUGUUUUGUGCACAGAUUAUUACAAAUUAACUUCAAGUGAUAUAAAAAACGUUAAUGAACAUUGUAUUUUGACUUGGGUCCCAUCUCUAAGAUAUCUAUCUUAUGUAUAUGCAAAUACUACAAAAAUCUGAAAAUCAAAACAUUUGUGUUCCGAAGCAUUUCAGGUAAAGGAUACUCAACCUAUUUCUUCAAGUCUCCUGUUGAUUUAUGGUACAUUUGUUGACUGUAUACAUUUCAUAAGGAUUUUUAGACAAAGACUCUUCGGAGGUGCUUUGCCAAUUCUUUCCUCUGAAGUAUGGUCUAUGCCAUCUCUUAUCUGUUGGCAGUCUCCCAUCAAAGCCUUGGCCAGGACUGACUUAGCUUUUAAGAUCUGGUGCCUUUGAGGUAUUUUGGCAGAAAAUAAUUUAGAGCAGAAGAAAGGAACUUCAGAGCUGUACCUAAGGUGGUCAUAGAAGGUUCCCCAAUUAGUUUGCAUAAGCUACCAAUGAAGCCCUUUCUUGAAGUUCUAUCUCCGAUCACUGAUAGAGGUAGCAGAUAUUUCCUUCUGUUCUUUGUUCUGCCUCCCUAUUUGCAAGAAGGGAGAUGGGAGGAGCAACAAAACUAGACCAAAGUGCCAAAUGGAAUAACUCCACCCACUGCUUUGGUGAGGAUCCAAUGAUAUAGCAAAGCAUAUGUCCAGAUUAUUAGCUGCCAUCUAGCCCCUGGAGGUCUAUAAGUGGAUUGGUGGGUGGGAGAAGAUCUGCUUUCCUUGCAAAUAAGACUCCCCAGCCCUAUUUUACAGUAUUCUGCCUGUGAUAUUUGGGCACUGGCAGCGACUGCUUCUGUGCUUUGCAUUUGCCUUCUGAUAGUCAGAAAUAUGCUACAAUCUAGUGGAUGUCAGACGACUUUGCAUUCACCUAAGCGGGUGACUGACCAAACACUUAUGAGCUGAUGGAUUUUUAGGGUAGGGGUACUCCAAGGGGGAAAAAGAAGGGUGAACAGCGAGUUGACACUACCCUUAUGAAGGAGGUGGGCAACGAGUUACCAGACGAUUCUGUACUGUUGUCUUUUACAUUAGGUGGGUUGUGUGUUUGUUUUUUGGCAUUUGCGAUAGGGAAAAUGAUGCACAAUUGUCCAAUAAAGUCUUAUUCUGUGUGGCA